GAGGUUGGAAUUGUUAUUUGGGCUUGGGACUUGGAGAGUGGCACUCUUAAACUGUCUUUGUAUUUCUCUCUCUACAUUUUCUGUUAUACGACAGCUUCCAUUGUUACGCACAUCUUCAUUCUAUCAUCUUUUACUUCUUGAAAUCACUUUGAAACAGCCAGGUAUCUAACAUUGGUAUCAGAGCGUCAGCUACUCAAGGAACGAUGGAAAGUAGACUGGAGAACCUGGAACGCAAUUUUGAACGCUAUCGCGAGGAAAGGCGGAAAGAGAUGGCGGAAUGGCGCGAAUUGAUCCUGCAGCAGAACGCUCGACAUGAACGAAGAAAAUCAAGAACUUCAAGGCGUCACACUGUACAUGAGAGUCCUACAUCGUCUUAAGCCAGAGGUAACUCGCGAACUUCGUCUCACAGUUCGAAGUCGCGAACCGUUUCUUUGAGUUCGCAGGAUUGGUCGCAAACUUCUUCUCGCAGUCCGUCCGCAUCGUCGCAAGCACAAGAGCCCAGUUCGCAGUUGCGAACAGUCCCUUCCCGUUCGCAGAUGCGAACAGUUCCUCCCAGUUCGCAGGUUUCUUCGCAGAUUUUUUCCCAGAAUCCUUCAUCAGCUCUCAUUUCCCGUCAAAAUGCGACGCAAUCGAUAGGAGAAUUUCCAAGUUCGAUGGAUUCCUCACUCGCCGAUCUUUACCACUCAUAUUCAUCACCCGUCGAUUCUUACUGUUCACCAUCUUCCUCACAAACAGCUACACUCAGUUUUUCGCAGGAUUCCUCGCCAACAUUUUUUCCCAGUUUGCAAGCUUCAUCUGGAGUAGAUGUUUCCAGUUCUCCGACUUCUUCGCGAGCUUAUUCUUCAUCGCCUAGGGCAGAGAAAGUCACUGAGGGUGAUGAGGGAAGCGCGGAAAAAUUGUCAGUGAACAUUGGACCGGAAGUUGGCACAAUUGCUCAUUUUCUCAAAUACAAGUCUGUCAAGUCAGAUUCGGAAACCAAUAUUUUCAAGAUUCUACACACAUGUGACACUGAUGCUUGCGUGGCAAAGUCCAAGAUGACUUCUAGGUUCGUACAGGAGAUGAACUGGCCUAAUGUUUUAAAGUCUGAAAUGGUGUAUUAUCAUUCAUUAAACAUUACUUUGGAAGGGCUGAAGUCAUUGAACAAGUUUGAUAGUUUCAUAUAUGAGGGUGUUACUUCUGUGAUGGAUACUCAAAAUGGAUUGGAAGGAGGAAUACUGGGAAUACUACAGAAUAUGAGAGAUAUGUUACCGGUGUUGAAGUUGUCAUGUAUCUGAUGUUUGUUAAAGAUCUCACUCUUGGUCAUUCCUCUGAGGCCAUUAAAGUUGGUGAAGUGGUUAUGGGACUGCCAUUAGUUUGUAUAAUUGUUCAAGAUAGAGGUUUAGAUUUUGAUUACAGAUUUCAUAUGGCAAGUGCUGGUCCACGACUCAACGUUCUCAGGAAAAGAGAUAAGGAUCAAGAAUGUGACAGUAUGUUGAGAGCAAUUAGUAAUAGGAGAUGGAUGGAGAGGUGCGUUGAUAUUGUUGAAAGUCAUGAUCAGUUUUUGAUUCUUGGGGUUGAAGGGUGCAAAGGGGUAUUUUCUGUAAAUUGGGACUUCUUUGAUUCCAGAUUAAGAUGGGAUGAUGAAUUUGAUCCGGAUAGCAUUGUUGAAAGAAAAAUUCACAUGGCUCACAUGUCACUUUGUAGAAAUAGUGUGAAUGGUAUGGAGAUUUAAA